ACACCCGCCAUCACUAACUGCCCAAUCACCUCCGGCACAUGCAUAUAAGCCUCGUUCCUCCUAGCAGCCUACAAACAGAGCACGAAAAUCCCCACCCCAGUUCACGCACACGCGCAUUUACUAAUCAGCCAUGUCCACCGAGGCGCUGCUCCGCGUCGGCGCAGAUGUAGGUGGAGCGGCGACGAGCCGGCGGUUGAGCAUCGACGACGCGCUGACGCAACACGCGGGGGAGUUCGGGCGGUGGCAGCUGCGGCACUUCGUGCUGGUGACGGCGGCGUGGGCGCUGGAGGCGCUGCACACCAUGGUGAUCAUCUUCGCGGACCGGGAGCCGGCCAUGUGGUGCCCCGCGGGAGAGGGGCGGUGCGGCAACCAGUGCGCCGGCGCCGCCGCCGGGUGGGAGUGGGUCCAGGGGAGCGCGUCGUCGACGGUGGCCGAGUGGGGACUCGUCUGCGGCGAGCGGUACAAGGUCGGGCUCGCUCAGGCGAUCUUCUUCGCCGGCGGCAUGGUCGGCGCCGGUGUGUUCGGGCACCUAUCAGACUCGUUUCUGGGCCGGAAGGGCGCGCUCCUGGUGGCCUGCAUCCUCAACGCUGUCUUCGGCCUCCUCACAGCGCUCUCCCCCAACUACUGGGUCUAUGUGGCCCUGCGCCUCAUCACGGGCUUCAGCACCGGCAGCGUCGGCCUCUGCUCCUUCGUCCUCGCGAACGAGCCCAUAGGCCCCUCCCGUCGUGGCAUGGCCAGCAUGUUCACCUUCUACUUCUUCUCCGGCGGCAUAGCCAUCCUCGCCGGCAUUGCCGCGCUAUUCCAGUCCUCGUGGCGCCUCCUCUAUGUCGUCACCUCGCUUCCUUCUCUCGUGUACGUGCUCACCGUGUUGUCGUUCGUCUCCGAGUCCCCGCGGUGGUACCUCGUGCGCCGCCGCGCCGACGAUGCCCUGCGCGUUCUGCGGGACAUCGCUACCGCCAACGGCAGGCGCAUUCCGGACGGCGUCACGCUCAAGCUUGACGACGAGGGCGAUGACAAGGAUUUCGAAGAUCCCUCCACGGCGGCGUCAUCAACGGGCUCCAUCAUUGAUGUGUUCCGGUCGAGGACGACGCGGGUCAGGCUGGUGCUGUCCGUGCUCAUCAACCUUUUCUGCUCGGUGGUGUACUACGGGCUCAGCCUCAACGUGGUCAACCUCAAGACCAACCUCUACAUCAGCGUCGUUGUGAACUCGCUGGCCGAGAUGCCCGCCUAUCUGCUCACUGCGCUGCUCCUCGACCGCUUCGGCCGGAAGCCGCUCGGUAUCGGCACCAUGCUUCUCAGCGGCGUCUUCUGCACCAUCGGCAGUUUGAUCCCCGGCGAUGACGGUACCAUGAGGUUGGUGAGGAUGGCGUGCGGUGUGGUGGGGAUCUUCGGAAUGGCGGCGACAUACAACCUAUUGUUCAUAUACUCCGCGGAGCUGUUCCCUACAGUAGUGCGAAAUGCGGCGCUGGGGUGCACAUCGCAAGCGGCACAAAUGGGGGCUAUACUGGCGCCGUUGGUGGUCGUGCUCGGAGAGAGGGUGCCGUUCGCCGUGUUUGGCGUGUCGGGGAUUAUUGGUGGGUUGCUGGUGUUCUACCUCCCGGAGACGAUGAACAAACCCCUCUAUGAUACCAUGGCAGGUCUGGAGGAAGGGGAGAAAACCCUCCUGAAGUAAAGGAAAUAAAGGUGCAGUUGGAAUUUCCAAAUCCUAUCGAUUUUCAUGGACAUGUCAUUUUCCACUUCUGCUCCGAUGCUCCUCC